AUGUCCAGCAGAAACGACAACAAGCUACCCAGCAACCUCCUUCAGUUACAGAAUCUGAUCAAGCGGGACCCGCCAGCCUACAUCGAAGAGUUUCUACAGCAAUAUAAUCGCUACAAAUCCAAUGUGGAGAUUUUCAAAUUACAACCAAAUAAACCCAGCAAAGAACUGGCAGAGCUGGUGAUGUUUAUGGUACAGAUUAGUCACAGCUACCCAGAACAUCUAAGUACCUUUUCUCAGAAACUGAAAGAUCUGCUGUCUUAUAAUCACACUCUCUUGGAUCCUGAUCUACGAAUGACUUUAUAUACUCAUAUUGUGACUGAUAUCAAGCACAUAAAUGCAAAACACAAGAACCAUAAAGGUAAUAUAGUCUUGCAAAAUUUCAUGUACACCAUGUUAAGAGACAGUAAUGCAACUUCAGCCAAGAUGUCUUUGGAUGUGAUGAUUGAACUCUACGGAAGAAACAUCUGGAAUGAUGCCAAAACUGUUAAUGUUAUCACAACUGCAUGCUUUUCUAAGGUCACCAAGACAUUAGCCACUGCUUUGACAUUCUUCCUAGGGAAAGAUGGAGAGAAACAGGAAAGUGAGCCAGAAUCUGAGGAUGAAGGACCAACAGCAAGAGACCUUCUAGUACUGUAUGCUACAGGGAAGAAAAGCUCUAAACACAAGAAAACAUUGGAAAAGGCUAUGAAAGUGCUCAAGAAACAAAAGAAGAAGAAAAAACCAGAAGUGUUUAACUUUUCAGCUAUUCACUUGAUUCAUGAUCCCCAAGAUUUUGCAGAAAAACUACUAAAACAACUAGAGAGCUCUAAGGAGAGAUUUGAAGUGAAGAUGAUGCUCAUGAACCUUAUAUCCAGAUUGGUGGGAAUUCAUGAGCUUUUCCUCUUUAACUUCUACCCCUUUAUUCAGAGGUUUCUACAGCCCCACCAAAGAGAAGUAACAAAGAUCUUUCUGUUUGCCACACAAGCAUCUCAUCACUUGGUUCCCCCAGAGAUCAUUCAGUCAUUGCUCAUGACUGUGGCCAACAAUUUUGUUAGUGACAAGAACUCUGGUGAAGUUAUGACAGUAGGAAUCAAUGCUAUAGAGAUAACAGCUCGAUGUCCUUUAGCCAUGACUGAAGAACUUCUCUAAGACCUGGCCCAGUUUAAAACACACAAAGAUAAGAAUGUGAUGAUGUCUGCUAGAACUUUGAUUCAGCUCUUCUGAACACUGAAUCCUCAGAUGUUGCACAAGAAAUUCUGGGGUAAGCCUGUGGAGGCCUCAAUAGAAACAAGAGUGCAAGAAUAUGGAGAAUUAGGUGCUAAAGAUUACAUUCCAGGAGCAGAAGUUCUGGAAGUUGAGAAAGAGGAAGAGAAUGCUGAAAAUGAUGAAGAUGAACGGGAAAGUGCCAGUCUCAGUGAAGACGAAGAUGAUGAUGGUGAAUGGAUUGACGUGCACCACUCUUCUGAUGUAGAACAGCAAGAAAUUUACAAGAAGCUGAACUGCAUGUCCAUGGAGGAGCAGAAAGCCAAAGCUGCAGCCAUCAGCACUAGUCAGGUUUUAACUGAGGAAGACUUCCAGAAAAUCAGCAUGGCCCAAAUGAGAAAAGAACUCAGUGCUGCCCCCGGGAAAGCAGAAAAGAGGAAAUACAUUCAAAUAGACAGUGAUGAGGAGCCCAAGGGAGAAUUACUUUCACUUCAAGACACUGAACACCUUCAUAAAAAACCAAAGUCUGACAAGGAGAAAAGACUAGCAACUGCAAUGGCUGGAAAGACAGAUGGAAAAGAAUUUGUGAGGAAGAAAACCAAAAUGAAUCCAUUUUCAAGUUCCACAAAUAAAGAGAAGAAAAAACAGAAGAACUUUAUGAUGAUGCGGUAUAGCCAGAAUGUCUGGUCAAAAAAUAAACGUUUCUUCAGAGAAAAGCAGCUGGAGCUACGAGAUGCACUUUUGAAAAAGAGAAAAAGAAUGAAGUAA